CCCCCCCCCGCGCCUUUAACUUUCUCUCUCCUAUCUUCCUCGGUCUCUCCCCUUCUCACUUCAACUAAGCCCCCGUUCCACCACCACCUCCUAUAAAUACACAACCUCGGCACAGCAGCGCUCGGCACAGCAGCGCCUCAUUUGAUAGUUUCUUUCUUCCUCCGGUGCUCAAGUGUUAGCUCCUCCAAGGAGGCCAAGAAACACGGAGUAACACAGGAUAAGGCCACAAGGGAUUCGUGAUCGGCUACCGGCAAUGGCACGGUGCUUGGUGUUCAUGCUGCUGUUCCUCAUCUCGACCGUCGGCCUGCCGGUCGAGCCGCCCGCCGAGCUGCUGCAGCUCGGCGACGUCGGGGGCGGCCGCCUCAGCGUCGACCCGUCCGACGUCCUCGAGGCGUCGCGGGACUUCGGGGGCCUCACCCGCGCCGAGCCGAUGGCCGUGUUCCACCCGCGUGGGGCCGGCGACGUCGCGGGCCUUGUCCGAGCCGCGUACGGGUCCGCUCGCGGCCUCCGCGUCUCGGCGCGGGGCCACGGCCACUCGAUCAGCGGGCAGGCGCAGGCGCCCGGCGGAGUGGUCGUGGACAUGAGCCAUGGCCCCGGCGCCGCGGCGCGGACGCGGGCAUUGCCCGUGUACUCGCCGGCGCUGGGCGGGCAGUACGUGGACGUGUGGGGCGGCGAGCUGUGGAUCGACGUGCUCAACUGGACGCUGUCGCACGGCGGGCUCGCACCGCGGUCGUGGACGGACUACCUUUACCUGUCCGUGGGCGGCACCCUCUCCAACGCCGGCAUCAGCGGGCAGGCCUUCCACCACGGCCCCCAGAUCAGCAAUGUCUACGAGCUCGACGUCGUCACAGGGAAGGGAGAGGUGGUGACCUGCUCGGAGACGACGCACCCGGACCUGUUCUUCGGCGCGCUCGGCGGGCUGGGGCAGUUCGGGAUCAUCACGCGGGCGCGCAUCGCCCUCGAGCGUGCUCCCCAAAUGGUUCGGUGGAUCCGGGCGCUCUACUCCAACUUCACCGAGUUCACGGCGGACCAGGAGCGCCUCAUCUCAGCCCGAGGCGGCCGCAGCCGGUUCGAUUACGUCGAGGGCUUCGUCGUCGCCGCCGAGGGCCUCAUCAACAACUGGAGGUCCUCCUUCUUCUCGCCGCAGAACCCGGUGAAGCUCAGCGCGCUCAAGCACCACUCCGGCGUGCUCUACUGCCUCGAGGUCACCAAGAACUACGACGACUCCACCGCCGGCUCCGUCGACCAGGAGGUGGAUGCACUGCUGAGCGAGCUGAACUUCCUCCCCGGCACGGUGUUCACGACGGACCUGCCGUACGUGGACUUCCUGGACCGCGUGCACACGGCGGAGCUGAAGCUGCGCGCCAAGGGCAUGUGGGGGGUGCCGCACCCGUGGCUGAACCUCUUCGUGCCGGCGUCCCGCAUCGCCGACUUCGACCGCGGCGUCUUCCGCGGCGUCCUCGGCAGCAGCACCGCCGCCGCCGGCGGGCCCAUCCUCAUCUACCCCAUGAACAAGCAGAAGUGGGACCCGAGGAGCUCCGUGGUGACGCCGGACGAGGAGGUGUUCUACCUGGUGGCGUUCCUGCGGUCAGCGCUGCCGGGCGCGGCCGGCACGGCGCAGAGCCUCGAGGCGCUGGAGCGGCAGAACCGGCGGAUCCUCGACUUCUGCGCGCAGGCGGGGAUCGGCGCCAAGCAGUACCUGCCCAACCACAAGGCGCAGCAUGAGUGGGCCGAGCACUUCGGCGCCCGGAGGUGGGAGCGGUUCGCGCGGCUCAAGGCCGAGUUCGACCCCCGGGCCAUCCUCGCCACGGGCCAGGGCAUCUUCCGGCCGGCCGACUCGCCGGCGCUCGUGUCCGACUCGUAACUUAAUUAAGUUGCUAGGUACAUUACUAAUUAGGUGCGUGCAGGUAGCUACAGCAGUAACCAUAACAGAAAUUAGUUGGUUGUUACGGUUAGUCUGAUCGAUGUACAAACGUGGGUGGCCUCAUGUGUAGAGAUAUGCAGAGUUGUAUUUCUCGGUGGCAUGGCUAUUAUGAUUGGUUCUGUACAGGGGAAUUAAUGAAAUGCGUCGUGUUCAUGCAACCGCAAAGCGAUUUUUUAUAAUAAAUAUCAGUGCUGCCUCUGGUUGUUGUCAA